AUGAAUCCGGAACCAGAAGGCGAGACCAAACUGUGUGAGAAUUGUAAACGCGAGAUCCCGACGGUUAACUUCACGAUCCACAGCGUGCACUGCGCUCGCAACAUCCGAGUAUGUCCCGUCUGCAAGGAGGCUGUGCUCUAUGCUGAACUCAAGGAACAUCAUGAGAAGAUGCAUAAACUACAGCCGUGCAAGAAAUGUGGCGAGAGUGUCUGCGGUACUGACCUAGAGGAUCACAUCCGAGACUCCUGCGCGCAUACCAUCAAAACAUGCAGGUUCUGUGAGCUGGAGCUGCCUCGCCGCGACCUACCGGCUCACGAGAGCUAUUGUGGAGUGCGCACGGAGCAGUGCCCUGACUGCAAGGAGUGGGUCAUGAUCAAAUACCGGCAGUUGCAUUUAGACUCUAAUCAUGGAUUCAUUCGACUGGACGAUGAUCCCUCUCCAGUGUCACCAAAGAAGGAGUUACCAAAGAGCCCCGCUAGGCCGGCAGUCCCGAAGCUGACGCGAGCUAACAUUGCGACCGCCACCGCGCCGUCUACCAGCAACGGCUGCGCUCGUCCGUUCACCGGCGGCUAUAGACCCAACGGUUUGAAGAACAUUAACUUGACUCGCACUGAGACCAGACAAUUCAGCACUAACGGUACACGUCCAGGUCAAUUACCAGUUGGUGGCGAGAAAGAGUUCGGUGGUACAUCCUCCGAUACCAAUUGGGCCAAGAGGACCAAUGACAAACCACAGAUUAAUACUAAUAUGGAAGAAACAAAUAAAGUUGAUAAAGAUCUGGGUGUAUCUCGCGGCGCAGUGAAGAAGCGUCCGGCGCCGAAGCCGCCGUGUCGGCGCGCGCCGGCCGAGCUCCCGCCGUCCGCCAUCCGCGACCUCCCCUACUACAGCGCCAUGCAGCGCCAGCAGGACGAAGAGAGAGAGCGCCAGGAACAAACGGCCUACAACUUAAGUGUCGGUCUUCCCCCAGUCUUAAGUCCGGCAGCAAAACUGGAGAAAUUACGUAAGAUGGACGCUCUCCAAAACCCAGAGGAACAUAUGGAAAGGAACCGUCAAGGUAGAAUAGUGAGGAAUUCGGAAAACGACGGUGCAUCUCAAGCAAGCUCUGGACUGAGCGAUGAACCUGCGAGAAGGCGGACCGACUUCACGAACCUAACUCCCAUGAGUCCCCAGGAGUUUGUAGAGAGAUUCAGUAAAAUGCAACUGAGGAAGGACGAGGAGAUGCGACGGAACAGCACCGUGGGAGACGCCAGGAAGAACGGGGACAGGUUCAGUGAGAUCAAGUCGUCUUUGAGGGAGCUCCGCAGGGGAUUAAACGAGGUGACCGCUCCAUACCAUUCGAAUCCGAACAUCAGUGCCAACGCGAACAACAACAACAAUAACAAUGGCGAGGGGCGCGCGUCCCCCGCGGGCGACGACGUGCGCCUGCCGUGCGAGUUCUGCGCCUGUCUCAUACCCGCGCACAACUUGGUGCAGCACCAGACUGGCUGCCGGCCUGACCUGGCACAGUUGCGGCCUCGCAGUCCUUCCCCAGUAGGGGCGGUGGCUCUGGAACCUUCACAGGAGCCCUACGAAGAACCCGUCAUACCCUGCGAAUUCUGCUAUGAGUCUUUGCCCGUCUACCUCAUCAGCGAACAUCAGGAACGCUGCGGCAGAGAGGCCAACUUGCUGUACCCCGACUGA